AUGAUGUUACAGGUCAAAGAUUCUCCUGAGAUUGCACAAGAAGAAGACAUAUGGAGACGAGGCAUUGUGUUGGGAACACUCGAAGACACCGGGGAGGAACGUAAUGCAUCCUUAACAUCAAGCCCUGUUGCUAAGAGAGUAAACUUUUCUCCAAUGUCGAGUCCUAGGAUCGGCCAACGUGGUGCAUCCCUUAGUCCUUCCUCUUCCUUUUCAAGAAACAAACCUAAUAAUAGUCUGAAGAAUCUAGUCCCAAAGUUAAGUUUCAAAAACAGGAACGUGGAUAUCGAGAAAGCUUCGGAUUUGGGCUUUGGGGCAUCCUCUCCUUCUGAAGGGAAUGGCAGGGACAGGUCCACGUGGACUCUUAGUAAUAUUUUAACUCCAAGAUUGAAGAAAACUGAGUCAUUGCCUGUUACCCCUAUAGCUCACUCGAAUCCUGGGUCCACGCAUGGGAGAUAUGUGGUUGAUCCUGUUACUUCUAUGAAGAAAGGGCCUCCAAAGCCUAUUCACCGAUCACGCUCUGUUCCAGCAUUCAACAAAGAUGGAAGUCUAAGGCAAGCAGGUGUUUUCAGGGUGAUUCCUACUCCAAACAUGACGCCAGCAAGGAAUAAUCUUAAACUUAACGACGCGGAUGUUGAUGGAGGAGAAGAUGUUCCUGAAGAAGAAGCUGUGUGCAGAAUCUGCAUGGUAGAAUUGGGAGAAGACUCAGAUGCCUUCAAGAUGGAAUGUAUGUGUAAAGGUGAAUUAGCUCUUGCACACAAAGAAUGUACAAUCAAAUGGUUCACCAUUAAAGGAAACCGAACUUGUGAUGUCUGCAAGCAAGAGGUUCAGAAUCUCCCUGUGACCCUUCUUCGCAUGCAGAACUCUCAGGGUCUUGGAGCUGAUGAUACCGAGGCUUCUCAUUACAGUAUAUGGAAGGAUGUUCCAGUACUUGUCAUUGUUAGCAUGCUUGCAUACUUCUGUUUCCUCGAGCAGCUUCUGCUUACGAAAAUGAAAUCCGGCGCCAUUGCAAUAUCUUUACCAUUCUCUUGCGUUCUUGGUCUUCUUGCAUCAAUGACGACAACAACAAUGGUGAAGAAGCAAUAUAUCUGGAUUUACGCCACAGUUCAGUUCGCUCUUGUAGUUUUUUUCUCUCACAUUUUCUUCACAUUGGUUCACAUGAAGCCGGUUGUGUCCAUUCUCUUAGCCACAUUGGUUGGGUUUGGGCUUACCAUGAGCGGGAAAACAGGUCUAGCCGAAUUUUCAAAAUGGAGGAGAAUCCAAAGAGCAGAUGAACCUCCAAGCAGUAGUCAGGUGAAUCCACCACCAGCUCAGACAGCAGGUUAG